AAGAGAGAGAAAAAAGAAAGAGAGAGCAAAUUAAAGAGAGAGAAAAAAAGAAAGAAAGAAAGAAAGAAAAAGAAAUUCAACCAAGAAGUCAUCAAGCAGGAAAACCAACCAAGAAAUUCAACUAACCAAAAUUCAACCAAAAAAAAAAAUCAACCCAAAAAUUCAACCGGACAAAAUGACCAAAUCAACCACCACCACAUUCAGCCAGCUAGUGGACAAAGAUGAGGUGCUCCACGAGGUCAUCCGCCAACUCAACCAGGUCUUCGGUAGUGACCCGGGCAACCUGGGGCGGGUGACACAGCUGCUGGAGGACCUGGAGAUCACCCGGAAGGACCUACAGGAGCGGCUCCAGUUCACCACCACCGCUGCCCCCGACAAGAUUACCCGUGCUGUCAAGGCUUCCGAAACUGCCCUGGGUGACAGCCGGCGCCUCCUGGAUGAAGCACGCACACUUCAGACUCUGGUUUCCGCUCACACCCAAAAAGUGGAUGACCUCUUGCAAUCCGUCGGAGGUGGAGUGAGGCGGGUGGGUGAGCUCAAGCGGGUGGAAGCGUACCAGGCUCUUCUCUCCCUGGUGGAGGAGUGGAGCCAGGAGAUCAGUAGCGCUCUCCACAUAGGGGCGGAAGGGCAAGCACUGGUCGGGUACAUGAAACUGCUUGGUGGGGCUUCAGCAGUUAAAGGAAGCAAUUGUGGUCAUCUCCAAGGCUUCAUCUGGGCCACUCUACACCACUGGAAUAAGGCUCUCCUGCAGCGCUUCGUGGGGGAGUUUGAGACUGUCCUUAAAACUAUCAAAUGGCCGAUGUCCGAUGGGGAACUGGGCGGUGGGGGAGGGGGUGGAGGGGGAGUUGCCUGCCCCCCACCCCCCCCUCCGGAAGCCAUCCAGCGCCUCUGUACCCUCACCCAGUAUCUCCUGCAGCUGUCCUUGCCGGAUGACCUCACCCCCCCAGAGGAAGACCGGCCCCCCUCCCCCCCUGUGGCUCCUCCUCCUCUUCUCAGCAACUUCGACCCUCCUCUUCUUCCUAUCCAGCUUCUUCUCAAUCCUCUGCAGGUCCGAUUUCUCUACCACUUCUCCGGCGGACGAGCAACCAACAGCCGUAGUCAUCCGGAAUGGUACCUCAUCCAACUUUUGAAAUGGGCCGGAUGCCACGAUCAUCUGCUCACCCAUCGCCUGCAACCCGUUCUGGAGAGGUGUGGGAGAGCGGGUGUGUCUGCCAAGGUUGAGUUCCUCCGAGGGCUGGUCAGACUUGCGGCCAUCAAGUUGACCUCUGACCUCUCGACCUUGACCCUUGACGAGGAUGACCUGUUCGCACACACGGUUCAGGAGACGCUGCACUUCGACCAGGAGCUGUGUACGCGUCACGGCUAUCCGCGCACACAGCCAUCCAUUCUGUGUGUGCUGACCGAUGGGAGUGUGUUCCUGCGUUGGUUAGCCCUGGAGAGAAAGUUCGCUAUUGAGGUCAUGGACGAACUGGUAUCAGCUGACGGAGCCUGGGACAACUACUACUUCACUACCACCACCAAUAAUAGUAGUAGUAGUAGUAGUGGUGGUGGUGGUGGUGGAGGAGAGACUGCCAGGUGUGGUGAACAGGUCAUCUUGCUUCUUCAAGGGAUUACAAACAGAUACAAGUGUCUACCGCAGCCUGGCCAUAGGCUCCAGUUCCUUGAGUUACAACUUGAUCUCCUCGACGAUUUCCGAGUCCGUCUCCUACAAGUCCGCCAGGGUGCCCUCCGCGACCCCUUGACCUCUGCCUUCCCUGCCCUGCUGAAUACUGCCCACCACCUCCAGUCCACCUUAGCGGACUGGGCGGAUCUGCCGUUCUUCAUAGAGAUGCAAUAUUACCGAGAGACUUUCUGCCGAGCUCAACAAAAAAUGACAGCAACAAUCUCCUCCCCUUCCUCCCCCCUCUCCUCCUCCUCCUCCUCCUCCUCCUCUUCCACUGCUGUCCGCCAACGCCACCAACCUCUUCUUCCUUCCACUCCUCCUUCUUCCUCUUCCUCCUCCCCUCCUCCUCCUUCCUCUCCUUCUUCCUCCCCCGGACAAGCCACCUCGUCAGACACCCCUGGAACACCUGUGCAUAUGAAGGAACAGCCCGCCCCCCCCACCAGCACCCAGCUAGCAGAGGUCUCAGGGUCAGUCUUCGAGGAUGUGCGCACACUCUAUACGCACAUGGAGGCCGAGAUGGUGCACACACUGGCCAUGUACGUCUACUCGGAGGUCCGUGCGCGCUCACAGCCCUACCGCCGGGACCGCUGGCACCGCACACAGGCCGACACGCACACAGGGAUUGGUGUACAUGAGAAGAGGAAGCUAGCUGUGAAGGUAUCCGAGGCCAGUCCGAGCGUCUGUCCCUUACUGGAGGUCCUGGCGCGGCACCUCCACACACUCCGCGACACCCUGGCAACUCCACUCUUCCACAGGCUCUGGGUGGAGGUGGCGGAGACUCUGGAUAAGUACGUGCUGGAAGAGGUGGUUCUGGAGACGAGGUUCAGCCACGCCGGAGCCCACCAGUUCAAGUUCGACAUGACCCGUGCGCUGUUCCCAAUCUUCGGAGAGUUCACGCAGCGCCCGGAGAACUACUUCCGCAGGAUUAAGGAGUCCACCAUCCUCCUCACUCUCCCGCUGCCCACUGUUCUGCUGCUCCAAGACGCCCUCAACACCACCAGCACCAGCGAGGGGGGCGUGGUGGUGGUGGUGCCCCCGCGGCGAGCCCUGGGGGAGCACGGGGUGACCCUUCUCGCACCCUCCGAGGCGUCGGCUGUCUUGAACGCCAGGAUUUAUGAUUUGGAGUAGAGAGUGUGUGUGUGUGUGUGUGUGUGUGUGUGUGUGUGUGUUUUACCUUUCUUUGUCUCCUUUUCUUCCUCUUCCUCCUCCUCCUCCUCUUCCUACUUUUUCUUCCUCCUCCUCCUCCUCCUCCUUCUUCUUCUCUCAGUUUCUUCUUCCUCCUCUUCCUUCUUCUCUCAAUCUCUUCUUUAUUUUUCUUUUUUCCUUGUCCUCUCCUCCUCCUCCUCCAUCUCUUCCUCCUCCUCCUCCUCUCAAUCUCUUCUUCUUCCUCUUCUUCUCAAUCUUCUCCUCCUCAUUUUACCUCCAUUUUUUCUCUUUACCUUCUUCUCUCCAUCUCCUUUUCCUCCUCUUUCUUACCCUCUCCGUUAUCUCAAUCUCUCUCUCUCUCUCUCUCUUUCUAAUAUUUAUCUUCCUUUCUCUUCCUUUUCAUUCUCUCUCUCAUUCCUUCUCUCUAAUAUUUCUCUCUCCUUCAUUCACUCUCUCUCUCUCUCUCUCUCUCUCUCUCUCUCUCUACUAAUUCUCUCUCUCUUCAUUUUCAUUCUAAAUCUCUUUCUCUAUCUGUCUUUCUUCCCUUCUCUCUCUCUCUCUCUGUUCCUCUUUCUCCUUUGCUUCAUUAUCUCCCAUUCUUCUUCUUCUCUCUCUCACUCUCUCUCUCUCUCUCUCUCUCUCUCUCUCUCUCUCUCUCUCUCUCUCUCUCUCUCUUUUGUUUUAAUCCUCUUGCCUCUUCCAUUCUCUCUCUCUCUCUCUCUCUAAUAUUCCUUUUCUCUCUCAUUCCCUCUCUCUUUAAUAUUCCUUUCAUCUCUCUCUCUCUCUCUCUCUCUCUCUCUCUCUCUCUCUCUCUCCAUCAAAGAAAGAGAGAGAGACACAAAACACACACACACACAAA